UGGCCGCUCGUCCCACUUUUCGCGGAGGCGAGGCGAGAGGAGGCUUCUCCGCGGGAGCAGGCCGCGCCUUUUAAACCCUUUUGUUUGUUCGCGUCGCGGCGGCUUGCAACGCGAUCUUAUCACAUUAUUAGUCCCUCCGCCGCGCCGCCGUCACCAGGACCGCCAGCGCAAGCCUGUCGGGGGCGCGCCGGUGAAUUUUUUUUUAGAUAAAAAAUAAUUAAAAAUAAACUUCUCAUCCUUUAACUUUGAGACCCACUUUCCCGCCUCUCUUCAUGGACGCCAACUGGAUAAGCUACUUGUACCAGAAUGACACUCAACGGUCCAUACACAUGUGACGCUCGCUGACUUGAACAACCACGUUGCGACUGGCAUGCGGCAUGCACAAGCAAAUGACGGCAUGCACAACUACAAAGGUUUACUACAGCAGCAAAAUACUCGAAACACAUGUUUAUAAAUGUGGAGGGAAAAACUGGAGGACCGGAGAGAACGUGCAAACUCCAAAUAUACAGGCGUCAGGGCCCGGAUUGAACCUACGGCUUCCUAUAUACCAGCUGAACCGCGUGGCACAGCAGCCACAGGACCUUAUGCAGAUGCUGCAGUCGGUGGUCGGAGUCGGGAGUGGCACUGAUGCCCUGCAGCAGCAGCAGCAACAACUACAGCAGCAGCAACUACAGCAGCAACAACAACAGCAGCAACAACAACAGCAGCAGCAGCAGCGUACAGUCGAUCCCGCAUCAGUCCAGACCGAAGCUCCACCACCACCACCCCCACCUCCACAGGUCCGGGCAGCACCUGCUCCCUCCAGCGCCGAUCAGUCAGCGGUCGCCACCCAGCCGCCAAUCGGGCAGGGCGACGCCUACGCUGCUGCAGCAACAACACAGCAGCAGCAGGAGAGCUACCAGAGCACGUCGGCUGGGGCAUCGUCUGACGGAACCUACGGGCAACAGGCAGCUGGAGGGCAGCAAGUGACCCCGUCUCAGGUCAAGCAGCAGGCAAACUCGCGCACCAAGGCGCGGCUGGUGUGCGCCGCCUGCGGCAAGGAGUUCAAGGACCGCUACCACUUAAGGCGGCACGAGGCGACGCACACACGCACCAAGAUUAAGGGCCAAGGCUCCUCAGCAUCACUGGUAGCGGGCAGUGCUGGCACGUCGUCCUCGUCGCAGGCAUUCAUUGCCGCUGCGCACCCCAACGGGCAGCUGGUGGCAGCGGGCGGUGCAACCGCAGGCCAAAUCCUGGCGCAGGCCACACCGACGGCACAGAUCAUCGCAGCGGCUAGCCCCGCAGGGCUGCUGUCGACAGGUGGUGCGCCACAGAUCAUCGCCACGGCCGGGCAGAUUGUGAGUCCUGCGCAGCUGCUUGCGUCAUCCGCGGCAGCAGCGGCAUCGUCGUCUUCGUCGGCUGAGCAGCAGGUGCACACGGCGGGAGCCGGCGACUUGAGUGCGUCGCAGCAGCACCACCACCAUCACCACCACCACCACCUGCUGGCAGCGGCAACUACCGCCGGCAACGCGAGCGCAGCGCAGUACGCGUACGGCAAGCCGUGCGUUGACGGGGGUGGUGGGGGCGGAGGUGGUGGGGGUGGGGGUGGUAGUGCGGCUGCAGCGGCACACUUUCUCACCAUGCCCGUUUUCGUGAUGACGAGCGCCGGCGUGACACCCUUUGACCAGACGUCGGCACAACCUGUGCUUGCGCAGCAGCAGCAUCACCAUCAGCAGCAGCACCUUGGUGGACAAGCCUCGCAGCAGCAGCAACAGCAGCAGCAUUUCACAACAGUGGAUGUGGCCAUGGUCAGCAAUGGCCUCAUCCCAGGCUCGGAGCAGAGCUUCGACGCGUCGGGCACAGUGGGGACUGCGGGGCAGCCGGCGUUUGGGACUGUCGCGGCAGCCGGGACAGCUCCGGCAGCGCCAACCGGCAAGAAGUCGCGCAGCGGUGCGUCUGCAGUGAACGGAGUGAGCGUCCCUGUCAAGAAAAACCACGUGUGCGAGGUUUGCACCAAGGCCUUCCGCGACGUCUACCACCUGAACCGGCACAAGCUGUCGCACUCAGAGGAGCGGCCACACUCUUGCCCCGUGUGCCACAAGCGCUUCAAGCGGCUCGACCGCAUGAGCGCGCACGUUCGCGCGCACGAGGGUGGCCCUGAGCGGCCCUACGCCUGCCCUGCCUGCGACAAGCGGUUCUCUCGCCGCGACCACCUGAACAACCACGUGAAGCGCGUUCACUCAACGGAGCGACCCUUCAGAUGCCCGACUUGUGACUCGGCGUUUGCGACGCGCGACCGUCUGCGCGCCCACAUGGUGCGGCACCAGGAGCGCGUGCCGUGCCGUUCGUGCGGAAAGCCGACACGCGCCACGCCGGGACGCGCCGCCGCUGCCGCCGCCGCCGCCGCUGCUGCUGGCGCUCACCAGGGCGAGCAGCAGGGGGCCCCGGCUGCCGGCGCCUCGCACGCAGUGUGCAACGCGUGCCACAAGGCAGCGCAGGCUGCGCAGGCGGCCGGGGGAUCGGCGCUUGUCCAGCAGACAGGCCAGCUGGGCGUGACGGGGGCGUCGGCGCCUGUCGUCUGCAUCAAAACCGAGGUGCUUCCACCAGCACAGCCCACGGAUAUGAGGCAAGCUUACUUCUCUGCCUUCUAGGUCAGUAGCAGACAGGACGAUCUGAUGGGAUUUUUAUGGAUCUGAAGUGAGGAUGAAAUCACAUCGGGGGUCCCACUUAGAAAAAUCCACAUUCAACACUACAAGCAUUUUGAGAGAAACUGAAGCAAGUCCUUUUUUUCCUUGUUUUUUUUUUACUAUUACUAACAACAGCAACAAAAACAUAAACUGACUGAGGUCUACUUGUAUUUGUGUGCAUUUUUUAGUUUCAUUUGUAUUUUUAAUGGAAAAAAAAUAGUUAACCACAUUUUAAACAAAAUGAAAAAAAAAAGAUUGUAAUGUUUUCGUGUAGUUUGAAAGUUUUAAUUUGUAAUAUAUCAGACGUUUUUGCCACAUUGGGAUUGAGAGAAUAUUGAGUUUGUUCAAGUGGAAAAAAAAUCAUUGAUAUGAUCACAGUGAUAAGAAUUACAACAGCGAGCGGGAUUGGAAGUGUGCAUGCAUCAGUGCGUGUCUUUGAGCUGGCGUAGGUGCAUGUGCGUGCGUUCAGCUGCGUUUAGCCGGUCCCGUGGCCUCGCUGAUGACCUGGUCUCGGACUUUUGAGGUGUGCGAGUGGUGUGGGGAAAAGUCAUACCCAAUCCACUGUUAACCACCACCUACCCUCCUCACUCGGGCAUACAUAACCCUGCCCAUCAGCUGUCUCUUCCGUUGUGUACAAUUGAUUCAGCAGUCGCCCAUCAACUACUCCCAAUUGCAACCCACCCUCCGAGCACCCCAGCCUAAAACAUAACCAUGCUGUUGCACCAUUUGCAUCCGGAGCCGCCAUUGACCAUGGUCUAAAAUAUAGCAACAGGAGGAAAACCACUCGAAUGGGUCUCAUUACUCUGCUACAACGUACCAGAUGGCAUGCUUCCUUGUAUUUUAAAAUGUGUUUUGUGGCUUGUCAACACCAGAGUAGGUGUACAUUGUAAAAUGAAUUGCAGUGCAUUUAGUAACAUGCUUUCAUGAAAGAGCUCCAUUGUGAAAACAAAUAAGAAAUGCUGAAGAGCUAUAUUUUUAAGGAUAUGAUGAAAGUCAUUUAGUAUUUUAAUUGUUACGAAUGGAAAAUCAAAUAAAAAAUUGAGACUACUUAAAUAAUUUCGUGAAAUGCAAAUUGCAAAUGUUAACAAGCAUUUUUUGGAAAUUCUUAAACAUUGUUAUCUCUCACUGUUCUGAAGCCUUAUAUUCUACCAUCUCAACUUAUCCAUCUACUAAUGUUUGAGAUUGUAUGAAUCGGUGUGGUUUUACAUUAUAAAUUAGUUUUCCACAUUACAUGUUGACAAAAUGUUUUGUUCACAUGUUUCAACCAUUGACAUUUAAACAUUUUAAAUAACUCUCUUGUAACAGUUGCACAGAUGUGAGUUUUUCAAUUAUAGCAGUUUUUUUUCAGAUAAUACAGAAUUAAUUACGUUUUGUAAUAGGUUUGUUACAAUUGCAGUUAUUUAAAUUUACAAUUAAAAAAAUUACGUCAUACUAUUGAGACAACUUGAGGAUUAUGCUCCUGCAUUGGAUGUUUGGCUUGUUGCUUUGUUCAUUCUUUAUUGCAAGUGGGAUGAGGCAGCGCUUGGAGAAAAUGCAUGAUUCACCUAUUUAUUUCAGUUUCAUUUUACUUAACCCUGAUUUUAACGCUCACUGGUACAACAUUUUUAUUUAACCAUUUGAGAACCAAUUGAGAUUCUUUGUAUAUUUUCCAAUGGGGACGUAAACAACCAUAAACUUAACAAGAAUUCUUCAAGUAAUGUUUUAUAUUUCAUCAUCAUGAACAUCAAUCAUUAAUCCCCAAGCCAUAUUUGACGGUCCUGUGAUGCGACAAUCCACCAAGCACCUGCAAACAAUUAGAUUUAGUGAUGAGUUAUUGUAUUCAUCCUUCCAUGGAAAGCUUGGACAACCCUCAACCACAUGAGGACAGGCCAGGAAAGAUGUGUCCACUUGCUCUACAAGUGGAACAUAAGGAGCAGCCCAAUUUGUGACUGGCCACCCAAGUCAGACAUUCGUCCACAAACUGAACUCCUGCCCUGAGAAAUAAUCCCGUUCCCGGUUACAUCACAACUCUGCCUCGCCUGAAGCCGAAUUGAUUGCUAACCUCAGCAUCAAACUGAAACUGCUUCCCCAGCCAUACGAUAAUUUAGGUUUCCAACCAAGAUGGUUCACAAUAGUGUAUCUAAUGACCAACCAACGUUUUACGGCAACUGAAUACCCCCCAUGGUUUAUAAUGUGCACGUUAUCCAGCAGAUGGAGCCCCUUGCUAAACUAUAAAUCUGUUUAACAUUCGCUGUUGUAGGGGUUGUUUUAUUCUAAAACCCAAUACACAACUUGAACAUCAAAAAAGAAAACACAGAUCACGAGUGCACAACCAAACCUGGAGCAAUAUGCCCUCAAAUUAGGGACCGACUUUAGGCACUUUGGCUGACUGCCCUACCCACCAUAAGUGCAACAAUCAGGACCACUGUUGUAGUUGAACAAUAAAGAAUGAGUGGUCGCACAGCAUGGGUGGCUCCACAAGCAACAACAACACCAUUGCUAUCUGCGUGUGUGAUUGGCACAUCCAGAAGAUAACCAUCCUGAUGUGUUGUGUGUACUAAUAUGGUGCAACCAGCCCAUGAUCCUGGAAGAGUCGAUGAAACUUUAUAGUGUGAGUGCGUAGCAAUGUCUAAAAUUAGAAUAAUAUCCCCGAGUAGGAUUAUCGAAGCUGCAUAGUUGGCUGUCCUCUCCAAGAGAUCAGCAAAUUGAUUAAAGAAUGAGUCGUUGGCUGGUGCUGAAACUGGCCGAUUAUUUGCCAGCAAGUUCAGCUUGCUGGCCAUGAACAAAGACCCCCAAUAGCUUCGAAGGUCUGAUACGUUGGCAAUGCAAUUUUGAGAGAUGAUAAUAUCUCGCGAGCGAACGAACAGAUUCCACCAUCAUUGGUUCGAACAUUUGCGGAUCUUGAGGCUGGCAUUGGUCGAGUCGGUUGAAUAUAUCUGUCGCCUGUCGGCGUACAGGUAAUAAGAUGACGACAGUCUGAUGCUUGAUGCCACUUUCAGUAAUGGUGCUCAAAUGCAACUGUUCUUGAAGGACGUGAUCGUGAAUUGACACAUACUUAUUCCGUACAGACUACGCAUUGAACAUCACAUUUUUGGUGGAGCCUGGUGUAUAGAGACGGUUUGCAAAGUUUGCCGCGAAACUCUAGGAGGAAUACAUCGAGCACCGGACAUGUUGCUUAUGGCUUGAGCAGUGCUGUUGAUGUCAUUAUUUAGAAGCAACAUAACAGGUAGACACGAUGUGGAUAUACAACUGCAACAUCAUGACGUACACUUAUUGUGAGGCCAUCUGUUGCUAGCUAUCACACUAAUAUGCGAGUACUUGCCAGGAGUAGGAUUUGCACUGCAUCUAACUCCUCGGCUAUGCCCUCCCCUGCAUCCACGUCUGUUGCAUUAACGGUAAUUGUUGUGACUAAUGAGUGGCUCUGAAGACUGCUGAAAUUUGACGGAAUGCUGGAGGUGAGUUCAAAGCGUUGGUUGAGUAAAGUUUGCCGAGAUGGGCACAAGAACGAGGAAGGGGGCAGUGUUUGGGUGGAUGCCGAUGAGCAACGGAAAUCCACCAAAGCAAGCCACUGGCUGAUAACCAGCAAUGGACCCUUGGACAUUGAAAGCCGGGAGUGCGUGGCGCAGCGAUACGCUUGAUUGGAGCAACAACUUGAUGACGGCUUGGCGGAGCAACUGCGCGACCUGGCAGGGUGUGGCGCAGCUCAGAAUUGUUUGAAGAUGUUCUGAGCUCAACCAAGCACAACCUACCUACAUUGUAUAUUUCUGAUGGAAAUGCAUCCGAACCUGGUGCCAUCCAUCUUGCCAGAAGGCUAAUAGCCUUCUUGGUUUCAGUUAAGGUGGUGGGGAUCAGCAAGUGACAUGGUGACCUUAACCUGGGGCGUGCGGGUGAUUUCUUCUGCGUGGAUCGACAAAUACCGUUUAAGAACACUUAAAGUGCUCUGCUCAUCUGUCAAAGAACUCUAAUCAGAGUGGUCCCAUCUGUACCAAGGAGAGGAAAGGUUCAGACCUGUGGACCGUAGUCUGUUUUUACAACGUCAUAGAAGCACUUCAUGUCAUUUAUAUCGGCAUAACAUUGAAUGUCAUUGCUUGCCUACGAAGCCAGGACUCCUACAUCUCUUGAACCUAACCUGGACAGCUCUGCGGAUGUUGCUGAAGUCUGUUGUAUUUGGGGAUGACAUCUUGUCAUGGUAUUUUUUAUGGCGCCAAUGUUUCUCACCCACCAUGGACUGUAUCUGCCUUUUCAUCAAACAUCCUAAUGCUCGUGAGUGGUGGAUCCAAGACAUUCGAGGGAUUAACGUAGACAACAUCCCUAAAGGAUGUCCAGUUCUCCUUGACACUAUUGUGAUCAAAGUUGAUGGAAUCUAGCUGGUUAUCGAGCUUUUCACAGAGGGUCUCGAACCGGCUCCCUUGUAAACCUCGAUGUUAAAGCCGCUUGCGAGCCAUUUUCCCUGAGGGGGGUCCCUUAGGCUGAAUGUGGAAAUGCAGAUUUGAGACAAUAGUUGGUCAAUCCAGCAGUCUGCACCACAAAUGGUGUGAUUCCUGACCUUCCUCAUCUUUUAUAAAAGCCCGACGUUCCUUUUAUCAACUAAAUAAGAGCCUUUCAGGAGCCCUGACUCAAAAAGGUAUAGAAAUUGGACCCCCCCCCCCCACCUCAAAUGUGGUAAAAAGUUUAUCUAACAGGUUUCCAAAAAUUGUCGACCCCCUCCCCCCACAAAAAAAAAUUCACACCCCCUAAAAAAAAAAUGUUUUUUGUAGGCAUGUAUGCCUGCACACCCUACAUACAAUAGUCAGUAAUAUUUGCACACAUUGGGGAUGAGCGGAAGAAGAGGACAUGUUGACAGGCGAAGGCGUAAAGCGCUGAGAAGACCUCCGCGGGAGCUCCGGCCGCCGAAAUUCUAGUCUUUUAAAUUUUCCAUAAAAAUAUCAGAAUCUGCAUUUUUAUCAAUCCAAAACCCAUCCCUAGUGCACACAUUGAUGCUUUUGAAAGCCAAUAACUCAAAGUAAAUGUUGUCAUUUGUGAACUGCAUACGUUACCAAUUUUAAUUUGUUUUAAUAUUCUGUAUAUUGCAACUAUAUUCGCUCACAUUACUUGUUAUAUUAAUUCAUAUGUUUAUUUUAUAAGCAUGGCAGGACAUUGGAAUAACCCUGUACAAAAUCCAUGAAAAAUCAAUCCGCAUAAGUGCAUUUCAUCCAGAUCUCCUUUUGCAAGUUGCAAAUUAAUCUCAGCCGGCUAUCGGAGUUAAAUAAAGAAAACAAAAACUGAAUAGACAAUUCGAAAUGCCGCCACAAAACAUGUUGCAGAGACUUAGACUGCAUCUUCAACCACCUGGAAUAAGUUCUAAGUGUCCUUACUGAGGAAGUUUCUAUUUGAUAUGUUGAUUCCCAUGGUUUGUGGUGCACACCCUCUCAAACGUAUGCCACUGAAGCAUAACUCAUUCAUGUGAGUGGGGGGAAAUGUCGGAAAGGAAUUGCGGAAACCAAACUGUACUCCACCGGUUUUGUGGUUGUGCUGUGUAGCUGUCCAAUGUGCUUUCAGGUGAUACCAUGUGUUGUUCAACAUGGAUAUCCGUCGCUUCCCUCAAUGUGCUGGGAGCAUCUGUAGGAACUUAAUUAUUCUUUAUGAAUUGUUCCCAUCGAAGCCCUUGGCAAGUGGAACAAAAUGUCAGAUAUACCAAAAAAUAUGCGGUACAACCCAGAGCUCCAAAUUUCCUGGCAUCCUUAUAAUUGACUUCCUCUGAUAUAAUUCCAUGCUAGAGCUGCACACGAGGGAUCUCUUUCCAACCUCAAAAGUUAUCCACAACCCUCUCCAAUUUCUGAGACUUAUUUUAUGCGCUUAGGCAAACAAAGUAUUUGCUGCAGCACUGCCAAUUUCUCUAACCACGCGGGCAACAACAAUUAGCAUUGGCACACACUAACAUUAGUCCGAGACAAGGCAGGGUGACUGGGUGUGGUGGUGGUGGUGGCGAUGGUGGUGGGGUUUUGCUUUGGUUUCCAGAGCCCAGGGCCUUGUGAAUGAACUCCCUUUCUCGUUGGGCGGUGGCAUCGUGUCGAUCGCGUGCUCGGAUUCUGAAAGAGUGUGAUGUGAUUUAUUUUCGCGUUUUCUUUUCCUCCGUGGUUUUACUUUUAUCGAUUUUUAAAACGUGCUGUUAUUAUGUAUCCUAUAGACAAUGUAGCAGAGAGACAUUUAAGCCUCCACCUCGAGCUUUAGUGACAUCAACGUGAUGUUGAAGGAAAUUGUUUGUUUUUGAAUAAUAAUCAACUUUUACUGGUGAUGCUUUUCUCGUGUACUUUGGUCAAGUCAAAACCAAUUGCUCAUGUUGAUCCAGCCCAUCAUUCCUCCAACGUUAUUUAAAAUUGGUACCUUUGUGAAAGUUAAAUGACUUUUGGAAUGGUUCUUGCAACAGUAAUUGUGCAUUUCCCACCAUUGGGGUUGACAGAUGAGCAGGGCCAAAACCUCGUUUGAAUUUGGAGAAGCUUAGACAUGAGUGUAAUACAUGGAGUUAUGUUAAUGUUGUUCAUUUAUAUAUAUUGCAUAAUUUGAGUUUUUCUUUUAUAACAUGCAGCUUAUAAAUGGACGUAGUAACAACAGCUGCAUGGUUAUGAGACUUCACAAAUCCGAACUGUUUACCAGGUCGGCCGCCGUUAAUUCGUCAAUUUGUAUGCUUAACCGAUGCAAAUGGCCUCCAGAUCUGGUUCGCUUAAAGUUAUGUUACAGGCCCGAUGAUAACAAACUACAAGAGUGUAUCAGCCGGACAUGAAGAUAUAUUUUCUAUAUAUUCUAUUUAUUUCAGCAGGAAGGGCCCAAUAAGCAAUGAGGCUCUAUUUCAUGACCUGUCAUAGACAACUAUAGAGGUUUAAGCAUUUUUAGUUGCUCCCACAUUCACAUGCAUAUCUCAUAAUAGGCUUCUUAGCAACCAUGCCAAUUGCCGUGAAUGUAAUGCCAAAGAUAAGCUGUUAUUUCCGAGUUUGACCUUCUGGAGAAUGAAAAAUCUUUGAAUCACCAUCCAUUUCAAAUGUGUCCUUUACAGAACUUUACUAUGAAAAGGAACUAAGCUGCCAGUAAAUAAUGCAUGUUCCGGCACUUUGCUUGCAAUUGCGGAUACUCCAAUCUCGGCUAAAUUCAAUAUUAAAUGGCAAAGCACAAUACUUCAAUAGUCAGACUAAGGCACCUUAUAAUUCUAAGAUUUGUGGAAGAAAUGUCUUCUGUCGGCCUGGACGGAGUUCCCUUCUUAAAUUUGCUUUUGCCUUUUUAAAAUAUAUGAGCACAAUGCUACAAGGAGCAGUCGCCUGUAAAAGUUGAUUCUAAUGUUUCUUCUGCUGUGGAAGAGAAUAAAAAAGCUUAACUUUAUUAUCUUGUAAGUACUGUAGUAGUUUUUUUUACUUUGGGGCUUUUGUUUUAAUUGACUUAAACAGUUGUGUAUCUGCCGAAUUAUGAAGCGUGAAGCAUAUGACCCACCCUCCCUCCCUCCCCACCAAAUGGAUGAAGAAUGGCAUAUCAUUGAAAUGUAUUGGCAUAUUUGCAGACUGGAUAACAUGACACUAAUAACUGCAAUGUGCAAUGUUUGGUGAGCGUGAAUGGGUCUGUUUAGGGGGAGGUUGGGCUGGUGGGUGUUAUUGUGGAGGUUCGUUUCAUAUUGUGUUUUGUAUAACACUUUGUGUUUCAUUUGAACUUGUAACUAUUAUUGGCAUAUUCAUUUUAGUUGGAUGUCUUUCUGAAUUCAUGGUUUCACAUCCUUCUAUUACCAUUACCGUCAUGUUUUAAGCCGGCAGCGGACUGUAUAAUUGUUAAACAGAUGGGCUGAGUUUAAUCAUUUUUCAGUUGGAGCUGCAGCAGGUUUUUUAAAUUUCAAAAUACCAAUUACAUGAAUACUUAAUACAGCAGAAAUUCUAAAAUCUGAAGUUCAAUCAUUCACAAAUCCCUGUAAUUCACGGAUUAUUGGCGCUUCGCGGCUGUGUUCUAAUCCUGAAUGGAUUGAAAAUGCUCCGUGGAUUACGAGCGGGGAUCUAUAGAAAUAGCUAGGGCUUAACACAGCUAUAGGUGUGGUGCUGCAGGGAAAUGCAGAGGUAAUAUUUUGUUAUUUAAUUUAACAGUGCUGACCUGAUUUGUUUUGUAGAAUAAUAUUUCUGCUUUUUUUUACUUGGAUAUCAAUUCAAGGAGACUCGAAGCAGAUUUUGCACCAUUUGGAUCUUAGCUCACAACCUUGUAAUCUGCCAAUUUAUCAUUAUCCGUGAAAUUGUUUCAGGUUCACGGAAUCGCAUGGCUCUUUCAUCCCAUAAUCCGUGGCACACCAUAUUGGAGUGAAAAUGUUUUCAUGGAUUAUUUGGUGUUACCUCUGCGGUGCACUAUGGAUGACAGGAUCUGCAAUAUGGUGUGCCCCCCCCACCCCCGUCACUGAUGUAGAUUUCUGUAAUCCUAUAAAGUCCACAUAGGGGUGCUUCUUGUAUAGUGGUGGCAUUGUUAGGUUCAGCAUUGUGCUAUCUUCCCAGUAAUCCAAGUUCCAUAUCUUAUCAUGGUGGUUAUCACAAGUGCAAAUCGCACCUUGCGUGUGUAUGCACACCGUAUGUAGCCAACCGUGCUAAUCUGAGAUGUGGGGGAAAGUCGACUCGUCUACGAUGAGUACUCGGCCCAGUUAAUGUUUCACCAGCCAGGUGGUGGGUUUGUGGUGAUGUCCUCUGCACCAUACUUUCGUGCACUAUGCUGACCUUAAUAGUUCUUCAAAAGCACCUGCCCCAACAGUGUAUGCAGAAUAAACAAGACCACAGUACAGUAUUUGAAGUCUGCGAUCUAGCAGUGUUUACCAAUCAUACAGUCCACUUGCGCUGUCGGGAAUGGCUGAGUCCAUUUGCUGGUGGUGGUGAUGUGCUAAUGAGGUGAAUUCAAGCUACUAGAUUAUUUCCUGCAGGUGUUCGAUCAUUUGUCAAGCACCUGUGAUUGUAUAUGCAUGUGAUUUUAUUUUGUGUUCACUUUGUUUCAAAACCUUGGUGUGCAAAGACAGCUGUUAAAUGUGAUUGACCACAAAUGAGCUGUUUUUUCUCAUAAAAAAUACUAUAGAUUUAAUGUCAUCUGUUCUCAAACUGAAGUGGACGGUUUGAUUUUUUAAAGGGGUUGUAGUUUUUGCUUUAAUGGGGCUGUCACACUCACCGUUAUAAGGAAUAAGUCCUCCAUCCUCUCUUUAGACCUUGGUUGAAUUUUAAAACGGUUUGCUCACGCUGGGUUUAAACAAAAAAAAUACCAAAUAUACCCCAAUUGUACGAACGGUAUCUAGGUAUAUUCUUGGUUCUUUUGGUAAAGUCGCGUAGAAGGGAAUCAGUAAAAUAAGAAAAAUAUAAAACAAAUACAAUUCUCACGAUGUUUCGACUGCAACACAAGCAAUCAUCAUCAGGUGUGACUUUAGCGAAAGAACCAAGAAUAUGAAUCCCUGCAGUCACGAAAGCUUUAAAUCGGUAUCUAGGUAUGUUAGGAAAUUGUUAAUACAUCACAGAUCCUGCACGUGUGGGGGAAAAAUCCUGGAAGUGACAUCACAAUGCUUUGCCUGUCAUUCUCUAAUGGUGUAUUUACGACAGCCAGUAGAAUUUCCCCUCCAUAAGCUGUAUGGACUACCAAGUCAUUCGCUCCAUAUUUAUCUGCAAAUCAUUUUUGGGUAAAAAAAAAACCUUUAGUUGUGAUCCUGGCAUCUAGGGUUUGCGUCCGUUUCUCACCCCAAGAUAUUUUGGGUGCUUGUUCACUGAACAGACAUGGACAUCAGCCCUCCCACAAGAUGCACGUCUAGGAAUCUAAGCUAAGUUGUCAGUCAACUGGCACAAUAUUAGGCUACUGAUAGACAUCAGCUCUGGGGGCUGUAAUUUGUAUGUGUCCAUCAGAUGAUUGGCAUGCAGCAAAAUCAUUCCUCGCAAAGCAUAGUUGUGAGUACCGUCUGGUACCAGGAAAAUAGCAACCUUUUGCGUUAGUUUUGUGAUGUCACCUCUCAGGGCCAUUUCCCAACAGGAUGAUGUGAAGUUUUGUUGAUUGUUGGACCUUCAACAUUGUUUAUUCGCACAACAUAAUUUAAUUCGUGAUGCAAUUUGAAAUUUUAAAUCUAAUUUUAUUUUCCUACGAAUGCCCACAUUUCCAGUUUGAAAAUUGAGACUGAAGGUUCGCUUCUGCACGUAGGCACACCAAUAAGCGGUUGGAAUUGUCAAAGUAUAAAGGAGGCUGGAUAGUUUGAGAUGCUGCCCCUUUAAAAACAUGCCAAUUUUAAAAAAAUGUUUUUGUCAUUGUCCCUCCCCAAACAUAUGCUUCACAGAUUUACCGAGCGACAUUUUAUAUAUAAAUAUAUUUUUAAAUUUUAUGUUUUGUUUCGCUGUUAUUUUCACAUUAAUGUAGCGCUCCUUAUUGCUCCCUCAUGUAAAUAUGUGUAAUCUGAACUUUUUUUUUGCUCUCUUAAACCCAAUUAUUCACUGUAAUCCGUCCUUGAUGUACAAAAGUGUAAAGUUUUAAAACAAAAAAACACAUUUCUGUAACAGAUAAACUCAUGUUUGUGUUUCUAAACGGAGGUUUGAAAAAAAAUACAUAACUUUUCUGUGUGUGUUUCAGUCUUGCUACUGCAUAUAAAACAGAUAUUAUGUUUUGUCAGAAAAAAAUGUAUGCACAUGAUUUUUAUCCACGUGUUAAUGCGGUGCAAUUACGCUCCAUGAACAUUGCAUUGUAUUUUACAUUUUCACAAACCCAGAUCGUUUGGUAGGGGGCGGUGGGAAAUGUCAAGUAUUUGUGGCAGGUAAAUAGGAGUUUAACAAUUAUCAUGUCUACCCCAGCAAAGCAAAUCAAAUGGGAUGAAUGUCACGGCCACUGUUGUUGGCUGAUUGGCUGCCGGAGUUGACAUGAACUUAUAACGUACAACAUACACGAUUUUAAAAAACAUCGAUUCUUUCACACGAUUCAUUGCAUGUAUCGAUAUUAAUCAGUUAAUCGUUAUACCCCCCUCGACUGUGCAGCGUAAAUAUGUAAUUUAUCGCAGUGUGUGUCAUGUGAAAAAUGUAAACAUGUUGCCUCCCUGCAAACGAGCGUGGAUUUCAACAUUGUAAGUGUUAGUAAACUGCUUUUUAUGCAUAAUGCAGCUCUGAUGAAAUAAAUAAAUAAAAACGCAUAAGCAGUGUGCAGUGGGUAAACCAGCUUCUGGAUACACAUGCAGAUGUUGUAUUUGUUUAUAUUUUAGGUACCCCUGUUACUUUUCCGUGAAGAUAACUUAGCGUUGCCUGCAUUCGUGAGUGGUCUGGUUUGGGCCAUCGGAUGGCAAUUUGAUUAAUAGUUCCUGUUUUAAGAGUUUCAACAUUCCAAUUUCCUGAUUGGCAAAAACGUUUAAUUGACUACAAAGGCUGGUAUUUUAAAUGUAUUUAUAGUAGGAUUAUUGAAGGUAACAUGGUUUUUUGAAGUCACUGAACAUUUACGGUAUCAGCCUAUGGGCCUUACAGAUAACAUGAAAUGCUGUUUAUUACCACCAUUAAACAAAACCGUUGAUGCAUGCUUUAUUCCAAUACCCUGUCGAAUUGGCAAAAAUAAACUUGUAUUUUUGUAUUUGGGGUUAUCAACCUCCAUUUUAGUGCUAUCGUCCAGCGAGCCAAUUCUAUAUUUCAGUGCAUUUGAUUUUUUUCACAAUUACACAUUAAUAGUGUUUUUAUUGUAAAUUCUUUUCAUUUUAUGCUGCCAUUUUUUCGGUACUUAAUCUGAAAUUUGAGCCUGGAGGUCGAUUCUUGCCAAUGCUGGUGUCGCCUGGUCUUCAACGUCGGCUUAUAAGUUUCAUAGCUCCCAGCAGGGAAUGAACGGACAGCUGCUGUUGGGAAUUAAAUUGAACAUUUGACCGAGUGCAAGACCUACCUUCCCCAUUGUACUCUGAUCUCUUAGCUUAAAUACAAGUUCAAUUAGUGUGUCCACAUGCUCCUGGUAGACAACGAUGUAAACAGAAUAAUAUUUUUUUAAUAUAUAUACCUGGCUGCUCGGUAUAAUGUGCUGGUAUCUUUGCCAAAAAAAUGUUGUUGGAACCACCUGAAAUUUAUUAGAAUUGUUGGUGGUGGUGGUGGGGAGGAGAGGUGUAAAUGACACAUUGCGUGUGUAUCCCUUGAAUUUGUUUGUAUUUAUCAUAAGCAAGCUAAUAUUAACACCAGCAGAGCAGACCGAAUCUAUGCCAACAUUGGCAAAGGUUGAAAUGCCACAAGGAAGGUUGCAAGAAACCUCGCUAAAUACUCUGCAAAGUUCCACUGGAGCGCGUAUUAUCAAUCGGCUUGAAAUAAACUUUUAAAGAGCAUGGCUAUGUUGUAGACGUCUGCGUGUGGAAAACCACACGCACAUUAAUGGCAGUGCAGGUUAUCAAGGGAAAUAUGCUGUACUGACGAUCUCGAGCAAAAGGGUGAAACUUGAACACAGUUUGGUUUGAGUCACUGCCGUGACAUCAUAGCCAUGCUUUCUGAAUUCCAAAACAAUCUGGUGUCCAGAGUUGUCACUAGUGUUGACGAAAAAUGAAACUUAUGCCGAAUCUGAUUGGCCUGAUGGUUUGUUUGGGCAAGUAUUUGUUGUCCGAAACCAUUGAUGUGUAACGCCCACUGCAAGAAAUAAUGUGAUGACCAGAAUGGAGUGAUAACUGAUUGUUUUUAUGGCUGAUUGACUUGCGGGGAGUAAAAAAUGUAUUUACCAAAUAAUUUACCCAUCAAGAGUAUUUGAUCUUAUUUCACUUGAACAGAUAAGUUUAGAGACAACCCUCCAUAUACACUGAUGCUUUGGUGGUUUUUGCAAGAUCUUUUGUGAACGUUUUUCUCAUGUCUUGUGGCUGAUGUGCGUUAAUGUUUGUAAAGUUUUUUAUUCAAAUGUUUCAAAACAACACAGAACCCUCUUGUAUGCAGUAGCAAGACUGUUUUAAAGCGAUAGAAAAGUAAGAUACAUUCUUUUUUAAUAACAUUAUACUUGGCCGUGUUUAUGUGUUGUCACAACACAAAAUGUACGUCUGAAGUGUUAUCGGAUUGAGUUAAACAAAACGGUCAAAGCUGUCCUCGUUUUAUAUAGUCCGGGCGUGAUGAUGUAUUUCCAUAAACCAUAGCUGUGUAAUGCAAAACUAAACAAAACAUGGUUCUGCAGUAUGGAAAAGUGAACUGGCGACGAUAAUAUUGAUGUAUGACUCGUGGCCCAUGUGGAAACCUAGAGGGUUAAUCCUAUUGCUCUAACACUAAUUCACUCGGGUGCUCAGUCUUUAUUCCUAACUUAAUAUCCUAGCCCUUAACCAAAUGUUAUUAACAGUAUUUUAGCCUGUGGCCCAAAUGCCGAUAUUACAGUCAUGGCUUAAGUUCUAAGAAUAAUGAAGCCUAGAUUUAUUCUGACUGGGACUACGGUGAAAUUGCGACGUAUGGCAAGAAUUAUUGUUAUGAUUAAUGGGUUAUGCUAGGUGUAAAGGGUUACAGUUAAAAUGGCUAGGAUUAAAUAUGUUUUGAUCUUUGAUUAAGUCUGUUAGGACUAGAAUAAGGCUAUUUUUGGGUAAAUGUAACAUUUGCCGUGAUGAUUAAUACUACUUCCGUUUGGCAAUGGCCUCUGUAAAGGUCAUGGUGAUGGCGUGUGUAUAAGAAGAGAGUUGAGGCUGGGGGGGGAUCAUGUCAAAUUCAUGACUGGCAGCUGGGGCCAAAGUCUAAUUAACGUCGCUUUUCCACACUGCAUCUCUUGGCUUUUGGUUUGUUGUUUAUCGCAUUCAUGGACAGUGCCUCCGCAAGUGUGGGGUUUCGUUCGUGACAUGACCUCGCUCCCCACCAGCACCACCCUAAGCCCCACCCCCCCCUCUUGCAUCCCAUCCCUUGCUUUUCCUUUCCACAAGUUCUCCUUGUAUCCCAAACCCUGUGCGCCACCCCCUCUCCUCUUUCACGCACUGCUUAUCUAUUACCCCAUCCUCUUUCCCGAUAAGCGCUUUGCUGGGGACCCUGGGAGGUGUAAAGUAUGAGGAAGUUUGCACCAUGGCAGUGUUGAUUGCUCGGGAGUUUCUUUCUUUGAGACGCAAUUUAAGUAACGUAAUCCUUUAAUAGUGCGCGUUCGGCACAGCUGGUUAAAAAUGCUUGUGUGAGUGCUUGUGAGUGUCUGUGCGGUGUGUGUACUGUCGGUGUCAUCGUGGCAGUCGUGGCUUUCAUCCGAAGCUGAUUUGCCGACAAUGCAUACAGAGUUUAUGACUGAUACAUUAACCUGGGCCAGGCUUCCUCUGAGGUCGUUCGGCCUGAACUGAGUAGCGCCUGUUGCUGCGUGGUCAUCAUUGACACUGCCGAGACCAAAGCAGCCAGACACGCACGCUUGGUGCUGUCCACACAAGCCCUCAGUUGUCAUGGCAACUUUAAUAGGUGCUUGCUAACAAAGCAGUGACAUUUGUCUGUCGAAUAAUUCGUAUGUAUGGGGGAUAUGUGGAGUAUCUUAUUGGUUAUGCACACAUUUGACAAGUGGUAUUUGGGCAUGGCUUGGACAUACUCUACAUAAAAUAAGCACGAGCCCCUUGUGUGCUGUGCCACACUUUCCCCUUAAUUUUUUUUGGUAAACACGAGUUGUGUACGUGUGUGCAAAGUAUGUCUGGGUGUAAUUUAUACCCAACUGUGUCGCUCCAACUGGUAUUCUCCAUCAUGCACCCGAGUGUUUAGCACUGCCAUGGCAGCGUCCUCUCCGAAUCCACAUUGGCCACGAACAGUAUUAAAUACUUUGACCGUUUAACUUGUAGAAUUUGAAUAAUUAAAUAAGUACAUGUUUAACCUUAACCUGUGCCGAAAUUAUUUGCUGCUGGUUUCUAUUGUUACAUCUUGUGUGCGCGCAUCACGAUCCAGUGUACACAUCUGUAUAUACUAUGUAGUUUUACUGCUGCAUCGUCGCCUUUUGCUUUUGAGUGAAGUUGGUUCAAUUAAGUCGAUCGCUUUCUCUUUUAGAUUAAAUGGUUUGUGGUGGAAAUGUAUUAUAAAACUACCGCCCACAGUAACCCAUGUGGUAGAUAAACAUUGACCCAUCUAC